AUGGAUCGACAGAACCACCAUGAACUGGCAAACGCCAUGCCCAUCCAGGAACAGGUCGCCGAUAUCUCCACAGGUUCUUCAAUUUCAAGGAGACCCUUUCAAGAGGCUUUGGAUGAAUUCAGAGCGAGCCUGAGUGAGUCGGAAAGACGGAAGUUCUCCAUUUCUUCGCGACAGACUCUGGAGCAGGCCCUGGACGAAAUUCAGAGCGAACAGCAUACAGGGAGGAAAUUAAAGAACAUGACCAGACUCCGCGGGUUUCUCGAAGGUAUGGACGUAUUCGGCAAGGUGAUCAAUGUCUACUGCCAGGCAUCCGAAUUCGUUGCGUUUCUUUGGGGACCUGUAAGAUUCGUUCUGCUUGUGGCCAAGUCUGUGUCUGAUGUGUAUCACGAACUUCUCGGGGUGUAUGAAGUGCUAGGAGAGACUCUGAAGCUCUUUGUACGGGGCGAGAAUCUGUAUCGCCUAGACGAUAAUCUAGUCGACUUGCUCGCCGUUGCGUACAAAUUAGUGCUUGAGUUUCACCACUGCGCGGUCAAGUAUUUCAAAAAGCGUUGGUGGGCCAAGAUCUUCGCUGCGACGUGGAGCACGUACAAGACAAAGCUCUUGGGGUAUGCCUCUUCCAUCUCUCUCUAUAGAGGGUUAUUCAUCGACAACGCUCAGCUCACAGAAAUCCACCGACGGCGAAAUGAAGAGAGCGAGAAAGCCAAGCAGGCUGCAUUUGAGCGCGACCGUCAAUUACGCAAGGAGCUGUACCAGUGGCUUCAACCUUCAGACAUGGGAUUUCACUACAAUGAACACCGAAAAGCGAGAGAAGCUUACCCGGGCACUGGGAAGUGGCUCUUUGAGACAGAAGAGGUGAAGGAAUGGUUUGAAGAGGAGUCCAGUGUCACCCAACCUUUGCUCUGGAUUUCUGGACGCCCCGGGGUUGGGAAAUCGGUCUUGGCGUCUCGCGUCAUCGAGGAAGCAAGGCGGCUUGAGAGCAAGCCAGUGGUUCUCUACUUUUACUUCCGACAGAAUGACGCCAAACGAGACAACUUCAUGGAUGCUGGAAGAUCCGUUCUGGGGCAACUGCUGGAGCAAAUGCCAGAUCUUGUCGAAUAUGUCUACGACAAGUAUAAAUCGCAGACCUCGCUAGCUCCGACGCUCAUGGACGAAGCACUACUGGAAGAGGUGCUGGAAGUGGCCAUCAGAAACUGCCAUCUAGUGUACAUUAUUCUGGAUGGCAUCGAUGAGUGUGUCCAAAAGGAGACGAAGAAUAAGGUGUGCGAAUGGUUUCGGACGCUGGUGGAGCAGUCGGAGCCGCCACACGAGAACCAGAUCCGAUGUCUUUUCGUGAGCCAGGAUGAUAAAGUUCUGCAGAAGGCCCUCCGCUACGUGACGAGGUUCGAGAUCCUACAGCCCCACAACAAAGGCGAUAUCGAGGAGUUUUGCCAGGUGUGGAGCACAAAAGUACAAGACAAAUUUAAACGACUCAGUGGCAAGGAAAAGGACGACCUAGCCCACAAGAUAUCCGGGGCAAGUGGUGGAUCGUUCCUUCUGUCCAAGCUUAUUGCGCAGAACUUGCUCGCGCAAAGGACACUCGCAGAUUUGAAGGAAGAGUUGCAACCUCACGCCUUUCCGUCAGAGAUCAACGACGCGUAUGAGCGAAUUCUAGAGCGCCUGAAACGCGAGACCAACUUUGACCGAUCAGAGCCACUGAGGCAGCACUGCUCCGAGCUAUUCACAUGGCUCGUAUUCGCAAAGCGGCCGUUGAAGUGGAGGGAGAUCCAAGCAGCAAAGUCUAUAGACGUGGAUAGACAAACGGUAGACUUCUCGGAGCGACAACUCAUGGACACGGCCAAAGAAAUUUGCGGCGCCUUUGUAGAGGAGCACCCUGAUGGAACAGUUGAUUUUAUUCAUCUCACGGCGAAGUACUUUCUGUUGGGAAAGGGGCAUGUAAAACGAGCCGGGGGGGAGCUUGAGUUUGCUUGGAAAUGCAUCACAUAUCUGAGCAUGAGAGGAUUCUGCUUGCCUCCCCAGGAACAACGCCUGACAGACGACAUCAUGCAAGGCUACUACGGAUUCAUGGACUACGCCAUUCUCUAUUGGGCUCGACACCUAGAGACUGGGUUACUGCUGGCGAGAGACGAUCCGGAGAGUCCAGAUGUGCUGGAAAAGCUUGGACAGGAGCUGGAGGUAUUCUUGGACAACCAUUCCCGCAUAUCAGAAACCUCAAUCGUGGUUUCCAAACGGGACGAGGACCGCAUCUCGGUGUUCUCAACCCAACCGUACUUCAGAGAGCUAGCCCAAGCCCUCGUCUCGACUCGCAAACACCUCAAGCACCACGAAGAGAUGGACGACGCUGAGAUUGUCCUCGAUCUAUUUGAGGUGGUCCAAGUCGUUCGGGAAGCCAUGGAAGCCACCUGGAACUCGUCGAACGCGGAAACGAGGCUUCUGCUUCAGAGUAAAUACGGAUCCAGCAUUUUCAAGUGCCCGCGGCCCAGCUGCGACAGCUUCACAAGCGGCUUUGCUUCUUCGGAGCUUCGAGAUGCGCACGUUCAGAAGCACAAGCGCGCCUUCCGCUGCAAGUAUGAAGGCUGCCAAUUUGCCGUCCUGGGGUUGCCGACAGCCAAGGACCUAGAACGACACAUGGAAAGUACGCAUGUAGGCUUGGACAUGCAGUUUCCAGACGACGAGGAAUUAUAUCGGCCUCCUGAGGUGAAGCGACCGCGCCAACCGGAGCCUGAAAAUUUGCCCAUGAUCAAGGAAACUCGUGUGGAGGAGACGCCAGCUGUUGCAAAUCCGGCAAGCGAGACUACCACCAGCCGACCUGUCGAACGGAGAUCCGAAACGCCGGAGCGCGACCCAAUCAUCAUUCGAGAGCACCGCUUCAAGCGUCGAAAGACGGAGCAUACUUGCCAGGUCUGCCAAAAGGUGUUCACUCGUCACUUUAACCUCCAAUCGCACAUGCACUCGCACUCGACGGAGAGGCCUUGGAAGUGCCAGGUAUGCGACUGGAGCUUUGCGAGGGAGAGCGAUUGCAAGAGGCAUGUCAAAGGGCACGGUGAUGCGCUAUUCCGAUGCGGCAGCACGCUGGCGGAUGGGAUGGCGUGGGGUUGCGGAAAGGCCUUCGCGAGACAAGACACGUUGAGGAAUCAUCAUAAGUCGAGGAUGGGGAGGAAGUGCUUGGAGAAGAUGCUGGCCGAAAGGGGCGGUGGGCCUUCUGCAUCAGCCGACAAUGGUGAGCCGAUGGAGCUGGAUCCUUCGGAAUGA